AACAAAGCCUGCCUGCUUGUCACUGGGGCUGAACGAACAGAAACCUUUUAAAAUGGCGCAGGCUGGGGUUUUCCUGGAGCAUGACCAGUUCAACUGUUCGAUAUGUCUGGAUGUUCUUAAGGAUCCUGUGACUGUUCCAUGUGGACACAGUUACUGCAAAGCAUGCAUUACAGGCUACUGGGACCAAGAUGAUUAUCUGGGUAUUUAUGGCUGCCCUCAAUGCAGACAGAGCUUCGCACCGAGACCUGUUCUGGGUAGAAACACCAUGCUGGCUGAUGUGGUGGAGAAACUGAAAAAUACAGAGCUCAACGUCACGGAUAUACCCUCUGAACCGACCCACGCCGUGCCCGGGGAUGUUGAAUGCGAUGUCUGCUCUGGAAAGAAAAACAAAGCCUUUAAAUCGUGCCUGGUCUGUCUGGCGUCUUUUUGCGAAAGCCACGUACAAGCUCACUACGAGUCCCCUGCCUUUCAGAAACACAAACUGGCUUCUCCUUCCAGGAAUCUACAGGAACAGCUGUGCCGUCACCAUGACAAACUACUGGAGGUUUUUUGCCGCACAGAUCAGCAAUGCAUCUGCUACCUUUGUUUGACAGAUGACCAUAAAGGGCAUGACACGGUUAUGGCCGCAACAGAAAUGAAUGAGAGGAAGAACGCUCUUGCAGAAAUGCAGAGGAAUACACAGCAAAGGAUUGAGGAGAGAGAAAAGGAGUUGGCAGACCUGAGACGGGCUACACAGAUGCUUACUAUUUCUGCACAAAAGGCCCUCGACGAGAGCGAGCGUAUUUUCACAGAGCUGGUCUGCUCUAUAGAGCGACGGCGCACCGAGGUGAAAGAGCUGAUCCGAGGUCAGGAGAGGGCGGCUGUGAGCCAGGCUGAAUCAGUUGUUCAACAGCUUGAACAGGAGAUAACCGAGCUAAAGAAAAGACAUGCUGAGAUAGGACAACUCUCACAAACAGAUGACCAUAUCGCCUUCCUUCAGAAUUGCAGGUCUCUGUGUGCUCAGCCUGUGUCUGCUGAAGUGGUACCAAGCAUUUUCCAAGACCCAAACUUCGAAACUGCAGUGGCGGCGCUUGUCGAGUUUCAGGCUCUUCUAGAUGACGUUUGCCAAGGAGGAUUUGUGAACAUCUCUGAGAAAGUGAAUGAUGUUACUAUUAUUCAACCAUUGAAACCCAAUGCAGAUUCAGAGUCAGACGCAGCCCUAGGAACAACGCUGAACUUUGGGCAGGCUGGACCAAUCCCUUUUACCUUUAGUGUGCCCACAUUUAACGUACCUUCAUUCUCAUCAUAUGGAAGUCGGACUCCAGGUUCUCGUCAGAGAUUACAGCCACGCAGAAGAAGAAGGUAGCCUUAAGACUGACUGAAGAAACGCCUGAUUAGAAUUCAUAGAGGAGGAUUAUGAUAGAUGCACAAGAUGGUUUUAAAGUUAGAUUUUUUGUAUAUUUUAUUAUAUAAACUUAAAGAUCUAAUCACAAACAGAAAACUAACAUGUAAAUACGUAAAGAUUUCAAUGUAAAAAUCUUAAUAGUAAUUUAAAUUUUUGUUUAUCUACAGAUGUGCUUUAAGUACAAUAUUGUGUCAUUCAGACUUUCAAUAUGGUUGUGUAAGCUAUUACAGUAUUUUCUUAAGUAUUAAUGCACAUGGUAUAUAGUGUAUGAGAUGUGUUAAAUAAGUGUAAUUGCUUUAUAACCAGGGCUGGAAAUGGGGGAACGCAGGGGGACAGAGUGAAUUUCGACGGGGAACAGAGUUUUACUUUUAAAUUGUUUAGAAUUUUUUAAAUGGUGGAAUUAAACAGGAAUUAUAAUUUAAACACUUAAUAGCAUUACUCCCCAUUGUGAGUUUUUUUAUUCCAAUUAUUAUUGCAUCAUCAAGCUUGUCACAUGACACUUCAGUCACAGAGCACUAUUUAACAGAUUUUUCCUCUUAUAUGAAAUAUCCAUUAAAUAAAUAUCCACAUUUUCAUACACUACCAAUUGUUUUUUAACCUGAGGACAAAUUUACUAAGUAUUAAAUUUGUAUUAAGAUGUGUGUACAGUGCUAUUUUUAGCCAUUCAUUGAUAAAACUAAAGCGGCUGAUCUCCAUGUCUUUCAAUUAGUCUAAUUUUACGAUCGUGUGAAAGUUGCGUGAUCUUAUUUCAUCAAUUGAGCUGAAAUAUCAUAGCAAGCUCUUACAUGUACAAAACACUGUGCACCAUGUUUACUUGCAACACAAGCAGCGGACACUGACAUAUUAGUUUGCUGCAAUUUAAACACGUCAAUCCGAUUGACCAAAACGCAUUUUAAUACUAGAUAUAAACAGCCUAAAAGUCAUCAAAAAUUACCCCCCCCCCUCUCAAAAAUUGUAGUCCCCCAUUGAAUUUCUGCCAUUUCCAGGCCUGUUUUUAACUGAUACUAUUUGUGUAUUCACAAAUGUGUUGAACAUGUUGAUUUUAGCCUCAAUAUGUCAGACCCUUGAACAAUGUUGUUAUUGAAUUGUAUUUUGAAAAUUGAAAGUGCAAAAUAUUUUUCAUACCUUGAAAAAUAAAAGUUUUGUCAAUGCAA